CGCGGACUCCAAAUGCUACUAACAGGUACCUCUGGAACGAUCGUCAUGGCCGAUUUCCAAGCAGAACGGCACGUCAAGUAUUUCCUACGAUGUCUCAAGACCUUCCUGCCCAGCGUUUAUACCCCGAAUGACUCGAACCGCAUGCUGCUCGCCUACCUGUGCGUCUCCGGGCUUGAUCUGCUAGGCGUUCUGGAGAGCAAGACCACACUCGAGGAACGCAAGGGUUACAUAAACUGGGUGUACCACUGCCAGCUGCCAUCGGGGGGUUUCCGUGCCUUCACGGGCACCGAUUUCGGGGUCGAGAACCGCACGGCAGACAACGCAGGCUGGGAUCCUGCUAACGUCCCCGCGACGUUCUUCGCCCUCGUUCUCCUGCUUAUACUGGGCGAUGAUCUGGCGCGGGUGAAGCGCACAGAGUGUCUGCGAUGGCUGCCUCGCGUGCAGAGGCAGGAUGGCAGUUUUGGAGAGGUCCUCGGUCCUCAGGGAGAGAUUGGAGGCGGGCGUGAUCUACGUUUCUGCUGUUUCGCGGCAGGCACGCGAUAUAUCCUUCGGGGCACAAGAGGUGAUAUCGACACGGACAUACCGGAUAUCAAUGUUGAUAGAUUGGCCUCGUUUAUCCAGGCAUGCCAGACCUAUGAUGGUGGCCUGUCAGACACGCCCCUUGGCGAAGCUCACUCCGGUCUCACAUACUGCGGCAUCGGUGCGUUGACCUUCCUAUAUCGAACCCACAGCGACCAGUCCCAUCCCAUACCGAAGCUGCUCUCUCCCGGUACGCCCGAGUUUGAAUCCCUGGUGCGAUGGCUUGUCUCUAGACAGACGUCCGAGCUGGGCGAGGAAGAGUCCGACGACGACGAGGAGGAGGAUGAGGACGAGAAUGACGAGACACAUGCUCUGCGGCUGAAUAUACAAGGACUCACCCUGGAUGAUAAGAUUUUUGGACUGCACGCCCUUGAGCCGUGUCGAAGCAUCCAAUGGGCAGGGUUCAACGGCAGAUGCAACAAACUGGCAGACACAUGCUAUUCAUUUUGGAACAUGGCUACGCUUCUGAUGUUGGAUCGUCUAGCAUUAGUCGACGUGGAGCUUAACCGCCGGUAUCUUCUUGAAAAGACGCAACAUAUCGUGGGCGGGUUUGGGAAGGGGGUCGGAGAGACGCCAGACCCUCUACAUUCAUAUUUUGGAAUGGUAUCCCUUGCAUUUCAGGGCGAGGCGGGCUUGCAAAACACAGACCCAGCGCUCUGCAUAAGCUCUCGGGCAGUAGAGCGCCUUCAAUCACUUGAAUGGUGGUAGUUGUCAACCAGACAGCCGUUUGUUCCAUGAUGAAUUGAAACUACGAGUUAUGACGAAAUAAACACAUCAUGGUCACAGUUGAUAAUAAUCAACUAGGGAUCAAGUAUAUGGAAAAACAGCUGACUAAAUAAAAUCUGCAAGUCAAUGGCAAAUAGCCUACUCACCCCUGAAUAAUAUAUACCUACUACAUAGUUAGUAGGAUAAUUAAUAAUUAACUAAUAAUUACCAAGGA